UGCAUCUCUGAUUCUACUUGCGAGAGUUGGAUUAGCAUUUCUCUCCGGCAAUUUUGGUUGGUCAGGCUCAGGUAUCGUAUUGUCGUAUCGCAAGAGAGAGAGAGAGCGAGCGAGCAUCUGCGGACUGCGGCGAACCAGAAAGAAAGGAGCCAAGGAGAAAUGGCUAAAUCGCUGCUGAUUCGUCCUUACGUAUUCUCUGCAUUCCGAACACCACUCCUCCGCCGCUCCUUUAAUUGUUUUCAAGCGAGACCAUUUGUUUCUCCAAGCGUGCUCGAGAAAACCCAUGUCUCAUCUACUAGCAAUACUCAAAUUCGUGGCGUUCCAUUUCAUUGGACUAAAUUCGGAAGUGUUUCUCAUCGGAGAUUCAGCGUUGGAGCAACCCAGGUCAACGAUUCAGGCGCAAUCGACUCUCCUUUGAUGAAAUCAAUGGAGAAGAAGAUCAAGGAGCAGCUAAAUGCAGAUUUGGUCAUUGUCAAGGAUGCUUAUGGGGAUGGUCGCCAUGUGAGCAUUGAUGUUGUCUCCUCAGCCUUUGAAGGACAAUCUGCUGUGAAUAGGCAGAGGAUGGUUUACAAAGCAAUAUGGGAAGAGCUACAGAGCACUGUACAUGCAGUUGACCAGAUGACCACAAGAACCCCUACUGAAGCAUCUGAGGAUUGAUAUAACAUAUCCUAGAAGGAACAGUUAAUGCAAAUUUUAUUUUAGCUUUCUUUGAGGAAGUUAAACUUGUUUUUCACUGAAGUUACUAUUAAUUUCUCCCAGUUUAUUCAAUUCUCUGAAGGGUUGCCACCAACACAUCAUAUGGUCUUAAGAUGUAGACUCAAAGUCAUCAUUGGCUUGGGUUGCUUUAUGGUGAUGGAAUAUUGUUCACCAAACCUGAUCAUUGAUGGAACUUCCUCCACUUGAACGGGCCCUUCUACCUUUCCCAGUUGUGUUUUUAUCCUUUUGUCCAGCA